ACUGAGACUCAAGACUGGAGAGGAGUGAACCACAAGAGGCGCAGAGUGGAGCCUCUGGAUCACAGGUCUGGAGGUUUUUUACUUUGGCAGAGAGGACUGUCACUUUUGGAGAUGACUGGACUGUCCAAAAGACCAAAAACCAUCAAGUUUGGGAACUUUUCUCUCUGUUCAAAAGACUGGAAAGUUUGAUCAAAGGGGGACAAAUAUUGGAGGAAUUCCAACUCAGCUAGGAGUGAGUUUGUGUUCCAGGCAGACUCAAAGAGGAUAAGAUAAAAGCCAUAAAACUCCAGGAUGAAGACUCAUAUUUUCUGCAUGGCGUUACUCGUCUUGGCGGGCCACAUCCUUGUAGCCAGUGGGCAACCAGAGCCAGCACAACAAGCCCCUCAGGACCCCCCUAGUAUCACCCAGAGACUUGGACUUGUAGAGAGAGACGUGCAAGGUCCAAUGAGGUCCAACAUCACAAUGCCCCGGCGCCGGCUUCCUCCAAUGUGCACUGGACCCACAGAAAUCAGAGACACAUUUAAGUACAUCAAUACGGUGGUGUCCUGCCUGGUGUUUGUCGUGGGAAUUAUCGGUAAUUCCACGCUGCUGAGGAUCAUCUAUAAGAAUAAAUGCAUGAGAAACGGACCCAACAUACUGAUCGGAAGCCUGGCACUCGGAGACCUGCUGCACAUCAUCAUCGGUAUCCCUAUUAAUGUUUAUAAGCUCCUGGCAGAGGACUGGCCUUUUGGAGUGACUCUGUGCAAGCUGGUGCCGUUCGUCCAGAAAGCCUCAGUGGGGAUCACAGUGCUGAGUCUGUGUGCUCUGAGUAUUGACAGGUAUCGUGCCGUGGCCUCCUGGAGCCGUAUAAAAGGGAUUGGUGUACCAAAGUGGAUGGCUAUCGAGAUAGCGCUCAUCUGGAUUUUAUCCAUCAUCCUGGCCAUUCCAGAGGCAAUAGCCUUUGACAUGAUCACCAUGGACUACAAAGGAGAACACUUGAGGAUAUGUUUACUGCACCCCAUGCAGAAAGCGGUCUUUAUGAGGUUUUAUAAAACAGCAAAGGACUGGUGGCUGUUCAGUGUGUAUUUCUGCCUGCCGUUGGCCUGCACUGCCAUUUUCUACACUCUGAUGACCUGUGAGAUGCUGAGGAAGAAGAAUGGUGUCCAGAUCGCUCUCAGUGACCACCUCAAACAGCGGAGGGAGGUGGCUAAGACAGUUUUCUGCCUGGUUCUGGUCUUCGCUCUGUGCUGGCUACCGCUCCACCUCAGUCGUAUCCUCAAGCUCACCAUCUAUGAUGAGAAAGAUCCAAACCGCUGUGAAUUGCUCAGUUUCUUUUUGGUGUUGGACUACAUUGGUAUCAACAUGGCAUCUGUCAACUCCUGCAUCAACCCAAUCGCCCUCUACAUGGUCAGCAAACGCUUCAAGAACUGCUUCAGGUCCUGCCUGUGUUGCUGGUGUCUACCAGCAGAGAUGCUCAUGGAUGAUAAGCAGUUGUGCACAAAAAUGAAAGUCACUGAGCGAGCCUCAGACCAGAGCAACUCCCGCUUGACCAACAAGUCCACCACCGCCUGAGGAGGGGCCUCCCAGUAAGAUAUGACGACAAGGAAACACAAAUUUCUGAAGUAUGGAUGUUUGGAGUGGGAUAGAUACAUGUUCUUGCUUCAUCUAGAACAUUAAAUGAAGUCUUCUUCAACUUCUGAGGCACACAAAUGAGACAAUACUUCAUCUAACCUAAAACUCUGAACAUUUUGGACCAUUGCAUGCACUCCCAGACUAAGAAGAAAUGAACCUCAGUGCACAUAAGGGCCCAUGUGUUUGGAUAAUAAAUGUUAGAUUUGUCAAGCUGGAUAACUGAUGUUAUUAACACCAAAUAUAAGGACCCAUGCACGGGCUGAGUUACAGGAAAGUGUUAAAUGGUAAAAUGGGGGUUAAGGGUUGAUAGGGUUAAGAUAGUUAAUCAAACAAACCACCAGGGUAAUAACUGUAGGUUUGUAAUGAAUCUGGCAGCAAAGCAUGCAGUGUAUGGACUUUCUUGGAGUAAUGACGCUGUGCCACGUGAUGCUAGCACAACAAUGCAACUAAUCAAGGUUUGUAUAUGUGCUUUGUUUCUUAUUGUGAGACAUUCUGAAACCACUUUUUUUCUAUCUUAAACUCACUCCUGAAGCUUCAUUUGUGUAUUGUUGUAAUGUGUUUGACUGUGAGAACCAUUAUUAUUGUUAUUUUAAUUUAACAGCUUUACACUUUAUGACUAAUUCUGUAUGUAUGUGAAGUAAUUACCUCAUAGCUGAAUGGACUCAAUCAGUGCUAUGAAGUAAUGCUAACCAAAAAACAAGUUUAGCUAACAUUAAUGAAUUGAAGACUCGCCUAAAGUCCUGUGUCUGCCGAGGAGUGUCAAGAAACCCUGAUAUUUAAAAGCAAUAUUUUAUUAUUACUUUUAUUUUUCAUUUGUUUUAAUUAAAAGUGUAGUUUAAAUAAACUCUCUAAUAUGUGUUUUGGUAAAACACAGAGUGAUAAUGUGUAGUAAGCGGGUGGUUAUAUAAAUUCAACUUGACAGGGUGAGCACUGAGCGUCAGGUUUUGCUCAUUUGGACAUAAUUAGAAUUAGAAUAAAUACCUGUUUACUAUACAUCGUCCCACUUAUUACCCAGCUACAAACACAAGACAUAAACAUGCUGAAAAAAUGUUGAUUUAAAAAUGCUUUUAUAUAUUUGAAAAUAUUUUUUUCAUGCCGCCAAAUAAUUAAUGCCCUUCUUAUCAGUCACCUUGCAGGAUGAAUUAACUUUAAAGUGAUCGUUUCAAUUCAUGGUUGCUGCAGUUAUCACUACCCCUUAUAGUCAAGUUGCUUUGCAGCAAUUGGCAACUUAGAGAUUCACUCACCAGCUCUGCUACUGUUUCCAGAAUUUUAGCCAAGGAUGUUGCUCCAUUUUCUUUAUCAGAGAUAGCUGGAACUCAGUCACUCUUAUGGUUGCUGACAUAUGUGCCCGGUAACUUCUGAUUCUCAAGACCAGCCUGAGACAGGAACUGACAUGUUUGCCACAAUGUUAACAGAUUUGGAAAGCUAACAAAUUUUUCCACAGUGUCAACAGGCAGAGGUGAAAUCUGCAUGGACUCCUGUAUGUGGAUCCACUUUGUAUGACAUAAGGCAUCACCUUUGCUAUUGAGAAUGAAUAACAUUGCUAUGGAGUUUGGAUCAGUAUCAAGUAUUUAAAACGACUGGCUAGUUUGCUAGUUUUGACCAAAGCUACACUUUCUUUCUUACUUACCUCUGAAAACAGUAGUUACUUAUGAUAUGCCAAAUGAAUGUUAUUGCUGUAAAGGCUACAUUUUUUGGAGAAGAAGACACAAGUCAGCUUCGACCCGUACCUGAUAAUCGUGCUAAUGGAGCAGCAUUGACUUUAUGAUAACUAAAAAUGAUUCAGACUGCAAUAGUGGAUUUCAGAAACUGGUAUUGGUCGACUUUAUUACUUAUUGCCUUUAUUGUGUCUGUUUGCAAGUUUGAAUUGAUUUUGCUUUGCAUAUUUCAUUGCUGUUUUACACUUUUUUGUGCUUGCAAGUGUAAUGUUUUCAUGUAAUUGUCCCCUUUUUUCUUAAACUACUGAUUUGUGAUUUCAGCUGCUAUGAUUCAGCUGUUUAUACUGUUCAAUACUAGGCCUGUUAUUGAGGCUUUUAUAUGCUGUGACAUAUUUGCUUCAAAUUAUUCUAAUCUGACUCUUCACUGUUGCUUUUAUGACAGUGAGAAGGGGUCACUUUUUACAUUGGUAAAUAAAAUGAUGAAUAUUAUACAU